CAUUACCAUGAUGAUGACCAUCAUCCAUCUUUUUUUUGAUAUUUGACCCCCAAAAACAGAGAAAAAGGCCCCUUUUUCUGAUAAACAGUCAUCUUCAGAGAAAACCCAUAUAAAAGAAAAUCAAAGAAGAGGACUAAAAACCUGCCAAUCUCAAGCUUCUGUAUUACAGUUGUAUUUUCUUCACCUACCACUGAAAGCUCCACACCCUCUUCUUCUCUUCAACCUCAAAGAAUUUCAACUGCAAGAAAGAUCUGGGCUUUUUGGAGAUCUGGGGAUUGGAGGCUGGUGGGAAUCAUAUCACAAGGCAUCUCAGCAGCAUCCUGAAAAUGUCAUCUGCAAGCCCUCUUAAAGAUGAACUGUCCACAAGAACACCUAUUUUUGGUCUUAAGGUGUGGGUCUUGAUCGGGGUAAGCUUUGUGGUAAUCUGUAUCCUUUCUGUACUAGUGAUAUGCGUUACUGCUUGGAGGAGAUUUAGGACUACAGGUAAGCUUCCUCUCACCCGAAUCCCACCAAUUUCAAAGGAUAUCAAAGAAGUGAGGGUGGAGCAAGUAUCAUCUAAGAACUUCAUCCGCCAUGAUGGGAUUCUCCUCACCAUUCAUGAAAAAUCCAGCAACAAAGAUUCAGACAAUGUUCUGGUCCAUCUGGGCAUGGGGAAAACCAAACAAGCAGAUUGUAGCAGUGGGUCCAGCUCAUUUCGUCACCACAUGGAGAAAGAUGGCAGUUCCCAGUCAGGUGAAGAAGGCAGUUCCGGGACAACGGUUGGACACAGACCAUCUUCUUCACAUCCCAUAACUGCCCCAUCACCUCUGACGGGCCUGCCGGAAUUCUCUCACCUUGGGUGGGGCCAUUGGUUUACAUUGAGGGACCUGGAAGAAGCGACCAACCGCUUUUCAAAGGAAAAUGUCAUUGGGGAGGGUGGCUAUGGGGUUGUCUACCGUGGCCAUCUGAUCAAUGGAGCUCCUGUUGCUGUUAAGAAGAUCCUCAACAAUCUAGGACAAGCAGAGAAGGAAUUUAGAGUGGAAGUUGAGGCAAUCGGUCACGUCCGACACAAAAAUUUAGUCCGUCUCCUAGGGUUCUGCGUUGAAGGCACGCAUAGGAUGCUAGUAUAUGAGUAUGUGAACAACGGAAAUUUAGAGCAAUGGCUUCACGGUGCUAUGUAUCAGCAGGGUUAUCUUACUUGGGAAGCUCGUAUGAAAGUUCUCCUCGGCACUGCUAAGGCCCUUGCCUACCUGCACGAGGCAAUCGAGCCUAAAGUAGUGCAUCGUGAUAUCAAAUCUAGCAAUAUAUUGAUUGACGAUGACUUCAAUGCGAAGGUAUCCGAUUUCGGUCUGGCCAAGCUAUUGGGCGCUGGGAAAACCCACAUCACAACUCGGGUGAUGGGGACUUUUGGGUAUGUAGCACCGGAAUAUGCAAAUACUGGCCUUUUGAAUGAAAAGAGUGACAUUUACAGUUUUGGGGUUCUUCUAUUAGAGGCCAUUACUGGGCGGGAUCCCGUGGACUAUACUCGCCCAGCACAAGAGGUAAAUCUUGUCGAUUGGCUAAAAAUGAUGGUCGGAAGUAGGCGCUCGGAAGAAGUUGUGGACCCAAACAUUGAAACAAGGCCAUCAACAAGAGCACUCAAACGAGCCCUUUUGACUGCUUUGAGGUGUGUUGAUCCGGAUUCAGACAAGAGACCGAAGAUGGGACAAGUUGUCCGCAUGCUUGAGUCCGAGGAAUAUCCAAUAUCACGCGAGGACCGAAGGCAACGACGUGACCGUGCUGGCACGGUUACUGAAUCACAGAGGGAGAACUCUGACACAGACAGAAGUGACAAUCCCGAUUCGAGGUGGGAGAGUAGAAGGGAAAGAAAAUCAUCGAACAGGUGAAUAGCCAUUUUGAUUGAAGCAUGGGAGAUUUGAUUGAAGGGUCCUUUUCUUAUGAUCGUUUGACCCUCUUGUUUUCUUGGUCCAUCCCCCUUGACGCACUUGCAAGGCCCACCUGGGCUAACCAGAUCAAGAGCAGAUGGACAAAGAUUUUUACCUCUCUCUUUUCUUUACUUUAUAUUAGAUGGUGGGGAGGGGAUUUUUCAAUGUGAAUGUAUGGUGUUUAUGAAGAGAGUAUCAAAUACAGUGUGUGUACAGGCUUCUAAAGUUCUCCUGGCUGAUUUUGAUUGUAUUGCUAUGGAAAAGGGGAGAUUUGUUUUGUGUUUGUAGAUGAUAAAAAUGAAUUGCAUUGCAAUGAAUAAGAAACUGGAGUUGCUAGUCA